UUGGGAAUUGUAUGAGGCCCCGCCGUCCGGAUAACAUUCAACGGAGAUUCAAGCAGUCCAAGGUGGCGUUGGAACGACAAGAGAGAUUUUAAGAGUCGCGAAGGAUGUCGGUGUGCAUGCCGCCCAAGUCCAUGACCAUCAGCACCACGUCCACAGAGUCAUCGACGCCCAUCUCCACCCCGACACUGCUUCCUGGAACUGGGAUGUCGAUACCGAGUCCAUACAUGCUCAGUGGUCGCAAGAAGUCGAGUAGCUUUUCAGAUCUUGGAGACUACGAUGAGUGCUCUGACAUCGGGACGCCUGAGAAACCAGGCAUGUUCAAACCCCCGCCUAUCCACGAAGAAAUGAUGGACACUGCGUUUCGUUUGAACGACCCGACACAAGACCGCGCAAGUCUCAUCGACAGCGGCAUCACGUUCCUCGCAGGUGAAGUGCUCAAGCUGCGCGUGGACAAUGUCGCGUACAUCGUCUUUUACAAACCAGAUGCGUCAACUGGAGUCAUACCAAACACUGGCGGCGACUCGUCUCCAUCGUUCAACCCCAUGGUGUCGACCGAUGUAUCCCCCCCUUCCCCUGUCGACUUAGCAUCGUCCAUCAUGACCUAUGAUAGUUCCUCAGGUAUGACAGCACCCCCAAAGUCGUUUGGAGCGAUGGGUGCCGCCGGACACAAGGUCCUCACGACCGACUGUUUCCAGCGAUACUCAUCGACUCGGGGUGGAACGUUGGGUCGGGGUCUCUUUCGUGCGUCGACGCAUGUGGGCAGUGCGUUGGUGAAAGGCACGUCGACACUUAUCAGCCAAACGUACGAGGGUGGGGCGCGCGGGGGGGUGUUUGGCUUUGCCAAAGGUUUGGGUUUAGGCGUAUGGGGUUUUGGAAGCCACACGGUCAAAGGAGCGUUUCGCAGCGUCGGACACAUGACAAACGUUGUGGGGGAAAUGGUCCUGGGCAUGGAUCCGCACUUCAGCCUCGAUGGGAUGCUCAUCUUGACUAACUACCGCCUGGUUUGGACAUCCACGGCGGGGGACAUGCUCAACAUACCUCUGGCCUCCGUCGUCAACAUGGAGACCGCCGUCACGGCGUCGCACGUGCUGCUGUUGGAGUGCAAGAACCUCCUGCGCCCCAAGUUUGCCUUUGCUGACGACAGCGUCGCCGCCAGUGUGAUCGAUGCCUCGUUAGCCCUGUACACGUCUGGGUCGUACUCGUUUUCCAACGUGCAUUUCGAAGCCAUUCGGUCGGGCGCAUGUUUGGAAGACGUGGAUGGACAGGAGGCGUCCAGUGUCGACCUGUACGACCCCAUUGUCGAUUACACGCGGUUGGGGUUGGUCGACGACACUGACGAGUCCCUGUGGCAGCUCGUGGACAAUUUCGAGUACCGUCUGUUCCCCACGUAUCCCCACACGUUUGUCGUGCCGAGUGGGUUGACCCACGACGACUUGGUGGAAUUGAGUGCAUAUCGCAGCGCCGCGCGCGUCCCCGCUGUCGUGUGGCGGCAUCCCCACACCAAAGCAACGUUGUGUCGUUGUGCGCAGCCGCGUGCCGGGCUCUCUGGUUUUGCAUCGGAAGCCGACAAGAAAAUCGUGCGGCUUCUGACAACGGGGUCGACGUUUUAUUUCUUUGAUGCGCGGAGUCAAAUGGCGGCGGCGGGCAACGUAGCUCAUGGCAAGGGCACAGAAGACGUGCGGAAUUACCCCAACACGGAGCUGCGUCAUUGCGACAUUGUCAACAUCCAUGGCGUCCGGUCGUCGUAUGUGGCGUUGGCUCAGGUGUGCCAACCAAAUGCCCACGGCACCCCCGUAAACCCAGAUGCGUUGUCGCGAACGUUGUGGCUGCAGCAUUUGUCGAGCAUCAUGUUCACGGCGAGCUCUGUAUCGCAGUUGCUUUGUGGCGGGGAAUCCGUGAUGGUGCACUGCAGCGACGGAUGGGAUCGGACGUCGCAGGUGGCGGGCCUGUUGGAGGUGAUGCUGGAUCCGUACUACCGCACCCUUCGCGGCUUUUUGGAGCUCAUGGACAAGGAAUGGUGCUCAUUUGGACACAUGUUUCGGUGGCGGGGAGGGGCUGGGGACUCGCCGAACGCCCAAGAACUGGAAGAGCAGUCGCCCGUGUUUGUGCAGUGGCUCGACGCGAUGUGGCAAUUAUGGCGCCAGGUGCCGUGGGCGUUUGAGUUUUCCGAUGAGCUUCUCACGACGGUGUACUCACAUGUGUACUCGGGACUGUUUGGCACGUUCCAGUACAACUCGGAGCGGGAAAAGCGAGCCAAGGAAGUCCACGCACCGACGCGAUCGUUGUGGCGGUAUUUGCUCAGUCGACAGCACGAAUUUGUCAACGUUCAGUACAACGCACGCCAAAGUCUGGCGUUGCGAGGCAGGCCGUUGCCGGUGCUGGCCCUGGAAUCGGACCUGAUGCUUUGGGACGCACAUAUCGCGUGUGCCGACCCCAUUUGCCGAAAAUAUACAUGAACGGCAGACACUCACGGAGGAGCUAGGUAGGUAGGUAGGUAGGUAGGUAGUAGUAGGAGUAGGUAGACGUAGUUUAGGAUUAGGAAAGUAGGGAGUGCACCAGGUCGCAGAAUUCGUCGUCGAAAAUGCUAUCCGCCAAAAGGCGACUAAAAAUCCAAACACAAUAAAUCAACAAUUGGCAAACGGUGGGAUUUGUC